AUGGCUAACCACUCAGAGCAUUUUGGACAGGGCCAUUUGGGGCAUCCCUCAAGAGUUAAUCCUUCGGCUUUUCCUGGACCCGUGUUACAAUCAUUCGAAGAAGAUGCACAUGAUGGACAUAAUGAUCUUCCAUUUAAGCUCAGAUUUUCUCAGCGUGCAAUGGUGGGACAUGGGUCUUUUGGCUAUGUUUACCAAAUCAACAUCUUGCCGGACAACCGCCGGGCAGCCAUCAAGCGAGUCCUCCAGGAUAGAAGGUUUAAGAACAGAGAGCUGGCGAUCAUGCGUGUUAUUCGGCACCAAAAUAUCGUGAAUUUGCUCUACUACUUCUAUAAAACCAACGACAAAAAUGAGGUAUACCUCCACCUCAUAUUGGAGUACGUUCCUGAAACUUUAUACAAUGCAAGCCAUUGGUACAUAUCGAGGCGGAGAACUAUGCCGCUAUUCGAGGUCAAACUUUACUCCUACCAGCUUUUCAGGUCUCUAAACUACAUACACUCUCUUGGAAUCUGCCACAGGGACAUCAAGCCACAGAACCUUCUAAUAGACCCCGUCCGGGGUAUUCUCAAGCUUUGUGACUUCGGUUCUGCCAAGAUCUUGGACCCUAAGCAGCCCAGUGUUUCGUAUAUUUGCUCCAGGUACUACAGGGCACCUGAGCUCAUAUUUGGGGCAAGAAACUACACAACCAAGAUUGAUAUAUGGUCUGCCGGCUGUGUUAUAGCCGAACUCAUCUUGGGACAGCCGUUAUUCCCGGGCGAAUCCGGCAUUGACCAGCUUGUGGAGAUCAUAAAAAUACUCGGAACACCUUCCAAGGAGGAGAUCCAGUCCAUGAACCCCAACUACAUGGAUCAUAAAUUCCCUACAAUCAAACCUAUACCACUCCACAAAAUCUUAAAAGGUAUCGACACCGAAGUUGUGGAUUUGCUCGCUGCAGUGCUUGAGUACUCACCCGUUAGAAGGCUUACUGCUGCUGAAGCCAUGAGCUCACAGGCCUUUGACAUCUUCAGGCAGCAAGAAAACGCCUCUAUGGUGCUGCCUAACUACAGGAAUUUCAAACUUGACAACGAGAUUAACAUUCCUGAUCUUCUCAACUUCACCAAGCGUGAGCUAAGUGUACAACCUGAGCUUGUUCAUCGUUUGGUGCCCGACUGGAAAUGGAGCCGGAGCACUGAAGAUCUCGGUUUCUCUCUUGAUGAUUUUACUCCAUACACCCAUGAGGAGUUGUUGGAUUCGCAUAACGAGCAGUGA